AUGUCAUUUUUAAUAAUCUUUUCUUACAGAGCAGCAGAACAGACGUGUUUUAGUAGUUUAUGCUCAGAGUGUAAUAAAGACCAGAUAGCAAUAAGGAUACAACUCGGUCGUUGGCAGGUUUUGGGAUCGAAUAUGGUAAUCACACUCUCAAAUAUGAAAUAUCUGUUUAUUCCGGCAAAGAUGAGCCCGUUGUUUGAAUUUCUAUUUGCUUGUUACUCGUGGGUGGCGGAGCCCUCGGAUGGUGGUGCAUAUGAAGCUGAUGUGUAUGUUUCAAACUUCCGCACCACAAGGGAUGUUGACAUAAACAAAGCUUUGUUGGCGGAAUCAAGCAAACGGUUCUUACAGAAGGCAUUUCCAGGAUCACUAUAUGUCAUUUGGGAAUCCCGUAACUCUAUGGUCAGAGUUGUCCGGAUCGUGCCCAGACUUAGCCACAAUGCGGAAGUGAUAAGGCAGUUCGAGAGAACGUAA